GGCAUGGCGGACAGGAGGCAGCGGGCCCGUGUGCAGGGCGGCUGGGCCGGCCCCGCGGCGUGCAAGGCCCGGAGCACGGCAUCCAAGGCACCUGUUGCCAGCAACCUUGUCCCUGCAGACACCAGACCAGCAUGGGUGAGGAAAGAUCAGCCUCACACUCAGAAGCAGUUUGUAUUUGAAAAGCCAUCAGAGGUAGAGUGCAGAGUUCCUGAAGCAGGUGUUAUAGACAAGCCUGGUGUGUAUGAGCUCAGCAAAGUACCAACUGGCAUUUCUAGGAUUCAUUUGAUUCCUGGCUUUAUUGACUCAGACCAAGCAGAUUGGAUGUUUGAACAGCUCCUCCAAGACAUACCCUGGGGUCAGCGAACUCACAUCAGACAGGAUGUAUCUUUUGAAGAACCAAGGCUUACCUCCUGGUAUGGGGAGCUUCCUUACAGGUACUCCAGGAUAACAAUGCAGCCAAACCCAAAUUGGCAUCCUCUGCUGACCAUGCUAAAGGAGCGCAUUGAAGAGUUCACUGGCUACACCUUCAACUCUCUUCUCUGCAACCUCUACAGAAAUGAGAAGGACAGUGUAGACUGGCACAGUGAUGAUGAGCCAUCACUAGGAAAAAAUCCUGUCAUUGCCUCCCUCAGCUUUGGUGCUACCCGGACCUUUGAGAUGAGGAAGAAACCCUCCCCUGAAGAGAAUGGAGACUAUACUUAUGUAGAAAGACUAAAAAUCCCACUUGAUCAUGGGACUCUGCUGAUGAUGGAAGGAGCUACCCAGGAGGAUUGGCAGCAUCGGGUGCCUAAGGAAUAUCAUUCUAGAGAUGCAAGGAUCAACUUGACCUUUAGGAUCAUUUAUCCAGAACCUCAUGGAGUUUGGAAGUGAAGAGACACUUUGGGCAUGGUUGGAUAUAAACCUAUAGCAGAGCCAGGACAUCAGAUUGCUACAGACUUAAAGGAAGCCUUACAGGAACAGAGUUCUUCCAUAUAUCUGAUGGGCAGAAGAAACGGGAUUGUGAAGAUGUGUGACAAUCAAAAGCUGCCUGUGUUAUGUGGACAGUGUUGUUUUGUUUUCAGAAGUGAUAGGAUAUUAAAUCACAGGCUUGAAGUUCAUUCGCAGUGAUCAUUCUUAAAAGAACACAAAGCUCAUAAAAGAUCUGAGAGGUACCAACUGGAGCAGAAAGGUUCAGUGGGCAAUUUUGCACUUUCUCUUGUCUUCCCUUUACCCCAGUUGGUAAUCUAUGUUCUAAGCAACAACAAGACAGGAUUCUUUUAUGUAAAGCCAGCUGUAUGUACUGUGUGUACAGAACUAAGAAAGCUGUAUUACACAUUUCACCAAGGGGUAGGGUGUUGCUUUGUAUUUGUAGGUUACAAAGUUCUUUCCAGUGAAGCAAUCCAUUUCAUUAUUUAUAUGACUACUUGAACUAUAGUAAUGUCUAGUGGAACAGAGGCUCAAGGCUCCCUUCUGCUGUGCACUCUGUGGUCAAGCUUUACUGUAAACUGUUUGUCCAUGUAGACAAAACAAAGGCAAACAAUGGAGGCACCUUAGCCAUGAGCCUUAUCAGCAGGUUAAAGCUGCCCAUAGCUUGAGCAUUAACAGUCCUCCUCCAUCCCUGCUGGCUUAAAACUGCUACCUCUGUGCCACAGACAGGAAAAGAGACACAAAGAGAUUGAAAACAUCACUUGCAGAGUUUGCUCAUCAAUUCUUAGCUUCUUUUCUGGUUUUAUUUAUAGCACAGCUAAGUUGUAGCUUCCGGUGAUUUCAGGUGGGACAGGAAAGUCAGCGUCUCUAAAAAUUAGUCUUGUGCUGCCAGAUUUGAUACCCAGAAGAACUGGUCCAAAGAUUUGGGCCCAGAUUAUUGUCAUCACCAUGUAAGUCAGUUGCAAAGCUACAGUGAGUAUAGUAGCAUCAGGUGCAGCACUCACUCUGGUGCUGCUGCUCUUAGGUUAAUGCAUAUUGCAUUAAAGAAGAUUACUUGGAGUGUUAUCUCUCAAUCCUCUGCUGUUACAGAGAAGCAGUCAGCAGCUCAGACCUGAUUCUAGGCUGAUUUGCUGGAUUUAGUUGGCCUGCUCUAGAAAAGUCUCACCAGUGAGCUGAUGACUCCUCUACAGAUGAUAAGUCUGUUAUGUUGCCUACAUGGUGAAACUGCAGUUAAGUGGUAUCCACUGUACUGGAUCAAAAUGUAGGUUUGGUAUGUCUUCAUUUUCUGCCUGAGGCAGGAUCUAAGCAUGAGUCAAUACUCUUAUGCCUUGUUGUUAAAGCUUUGUCCCUCAUCAGUGCAAGAAUAAGUUGGUGUGUAGAAAAUGUCUGUAUUUUCUUAACCAGCAUUUGCUAUAGUUUAAAACUGUCGUUUGCUGAGAGCAGGCAAGUUAUCAAUACUUAGUUAUGCCUUUGUUUUAAUGUUAUUGAUGACCUAAAGGACAGGGUGAUGAGCCAUUUCAAUCCCUGUGCUCUGAAAUGGGGCAGAAUCAUUUUCUUUGUGUAUCAAGACUCCAGAAGCAGCUUCUCUACCUAAAGCAUUAUGCACCUUUUGAAACAGUUUAUUCUAAAAUGAAUGAAUGAUAUUGGAAGGCUUACUUUGUUAUCUGGGAAUGGUUUCACUUUCAUCCCAGUUUGUAUAGAAAUAUGGUUUUGGACUAUAGGUAAUGUUAAUACACUGCUUUUUAAGCUAAGAUGUGGGCUCUGUGGUGUAUCUCCUGAGAACUGGCAUUGAAGGAGGCAGAUGCUUCUUCCACGUUUACUUUCUUUGGGUAGCUGGAGUUUUGUGUGCAUCCAUGCACGUGUGCCCAGGUUUGGCAGUCCUGACAGUGUCCUUGUCCAUAACCAAGGGACAGUACUAAUUCCAGGUAUUCUGACAAGGCAACACUUUACCCUUUAUGGGUUCAUCCAAGCUACAUUUAUUUACACUGUGUUAAGAGCAGUCAUGCUGCAAGAAUGAGUAGGAGAUGGGGACUAGAUGGAAACUUUAAACCCCCAAACCUCAACUGCAACUCGAUUGAAUUCAUUGAAGCUAUGGCACUUAAUGGAGUAGUAGGGCCCUGGAGGCUGAUAGUGUUGCAGAAGAGCAGUGUUUCAUGUAACUUUCUCAGUUUCAAUGUAGAAUGUUAGCAAAUUGUGGUUUAGUUGCUUUACUUCCUGUGAUGUGGGAGAAGACCAAGGUUUCCUCCCCAGUAAUAAAGCAAUUUGUAAGAGAAA